AUGGUAUUUACGAAUUGCACUUGCUUCAGUGAGGAUCCCGAGAAAAUGUUAUCAAAUCUGAAAUGUGGUUUGAGUAAGAGUGUAAAACGGCCUUCCUUCAACAUCGAGUUGCAAUUCCAAAAGCCGGUGCUUAAGUUCUUUGUGAAUAUGCGAAUUGUUUUACCCCGACGUAUGGGCGACGAUUUCACUUUGUUCAAUCUCUCCGGAAUCGAUGGAUGCAGCUUGCUGUCGAACAAAAAUCAGAUCGCCUUCAUCCAGCUGGGACGCAAGCAUAUGGAUCGAUUUAGUAAUAUUCCUAAGCGAUGUCCUUGGCCCAAGGAUGUGCCCUACUAUGUUCGCGGAUUCCGUUCCGAUAUGGCUGCCAUGCCGGCCUUUAACUUCGAGUCGGACAUGAAUCUGUGGUUCGACCUAGUGGUGAAUCAACACAAACUGAUCCGCGGAUUCAUCCAGAGCAGGGUGCAGCGUCGAAAGAGUCACAAGAACGCUGCUGGAGAGGAUUAA